GCUAUUUGGAGCAGUUCUAUUGUUCUUUUUUUUCCCCUUGGCUUCGCUGAGGAGCUGCAAUGGGUCAAACCAAAUCUCUCAUAUAGUCAUAUCACAGCCUAGAGACGGCCAAGGCACGGCACUGCCACCGUGAGCGGAAACAGAGCGGACGCCAAUCAAGGCCUCAAACCGUGUGCGGCCAUGGCGUCCGUGCUGCUCGUGGCCUCGGCGACGGCGCUCCUGGCGCUGGCGGCGGCCUGGCUCUGGGACUACGCCGUGGUGCGCCUCCUGUGGCGGCCCCGCGCCGUGGCCGGCAUGUUCAGGGCGCAGGGGGUCCGCGGACCGCCCUGCAGCUUCCUCAGGGGCAACAACCACGAGAUGAGGAGGAUGAAGGCGGCGGCCGACGCGCUUCGGCUGGACGUCCGCGACCACAACUACCUCCCCAGGGUGAUGCCCCACUUCCUCACCUGGAAGCAACAGUACGGAGGGCCAUUUCUGUACUGGUUCGGUCCACAGCCCCGGAUCUGCCUCCUCGAUUACGAGUCGGUAAGGCAGGUUCUUUUUAACAAGUCGGGCCAUUUCUUCAAGAACGAUGCGCACCCGACUAUCCUGGCAAUGCUCGGCAAAGGCUUGGUUUUGGUGGAAGGCACUGACUGGGUGCGCCAUCGAAGGGUGGUCAACCCAGCUUUUGCUAUGGACAAACUCAAGAUGAUGACGGCGACGAUGGUCAGCUGUGCUGAGUCAUUGAUCAAGGAGUGGGAACAGCUUGCGUCCAGGAACGAAAGCAGAGAAGUGGAAGUGGAAUUCAGCAAACAAUUUCAGGACUUGACGGCAGACGUCAUAUCCCAUACUGGUUUUGGAAGCAGUUAUAAGGAGGGCAAAGAGGUCUUCCAUACGCAGAAGCAGCUCCUGGCACUAGCCAUGGCAACUCUCCUCAAUGUGCAACUGCCAGGAUUCAAGUAUCUUCCUACUAAAAACAACAGACUGAAGUGGAUGCUAGAGAAGAAGAUUAAGACGAUGCUCAUGGCAAUCAUACAGCCCCGGUUGGCAUCCAAUGGAGGUGGAUACGGAGACGAUCUGCUCGGUCUCAUGCUUGAGGCUUGCCUCACAACAGAACAAGGAGACAAACGAGAUGAGUUGACCCUGACCAUGGAUGAGAUCAUAGACGAGUGCAAGACGUUCUUCUUUGCCGGCCAUGAGACCACAUCCCAUUUGCUUACCUGGACAAUGUUCUUGCUUAGUGUUUAUCCAGAAUGGCAGGAACGGCUAAGAGAGGAGGUCCUGAGAGAAUGUGGAAAGGAAAAUCCUACUGCAGACAUGCUUAACAAACUGAAAGAGAUGACGAUGGUGCUCCUUGAGACACUGAGACUCUACGGUCCUGUUUUGCUCAUGCUAAGAAAGCCUAUCUCCGAUAUAAGAUUGGGAAGCCUCAGCAUACCUAAAGGCAAUGGAAUUGUCAUACCUAUUCCAUUUCUCCACCGAGACAAAGAGGUUUGGGGUGACAAUGCCAAUGAUUUUGAUCCAUUGAGGUUUGAGAAUGGCAUCACAAAUGCAGCAAAGACCCCACAAGCUCUUUUAUCAUUCUCAAUAGGACCAAGGUCAUGCAUCGGUCAGAACUUCGCAAUGUUAGAAGCAAAGUCAGUUAUGGCCAUGAUCCUGAAGAAAUUCUCCUUCACACUUUCCUCAAGUUAUGUGCAUGCACCUGCGGAUCAUAUAACGCUUCAGCCUAAGUUCGGUCUUCCCAUAGUUUUGAGGCCACUGGAUGUAUGAUGUUAAAUGGUUGUAUAUGUGUUGGCUGUUUUUUUUAUGUUUUUAAAUAUGCAUAAGAUGUCAGUAUCCAGGACUUAGUUUCAUCCGCCAAACAGUAUGCCUAAAGAACUAAAACUUGUUGAAAAGGGGUAACUUUCUGGGAUUUUAUGCCCAUAUUAUGUAUAUAAUAUACAAUGCUACAUGAAACUUUGUACUCAGAGUUGAAUUGCCUGAGUUUACAAA